UUCCACCUCCACACCAACUGCGCUCUGAAGAUACUGCGCGAAAUCCUCCACAGCCUCGUAUUUGUUAUUUUCACACAUGUAUUCAUCAAGCAAGUUUUCCGAGACAUAAAUAAUACGCCCAGGUUUAGAGGCAGCACGAUUUUAACUCGGACGGACAAACGGACAAUUUCGGCUUCUGGUCAGUUUUUAGAGAUGGGGAUGCGUGGAGUUUUGGUUUAUGCCUUUUUAGCGGCUUUUAUCGAUCCGAGUUGGGGAAGUUUGGCGAACUGCGAUGAAGUGCGGAAAGUGUUCCAACAGAAGCAAAUCGGACCUUUAAAUUCAUUACCUGAAACGCCGAGAACAGGUUCAGAUCUCCAAGUUUGUUUGUCCAGAAAUGUAACGUGCUGCACUAAGAAGAUGGAGGAACGUUAUCAGGUGGCGGCACGACGAGACAUCCAAAAUCUUCUCCAGAUAUCCAGCUCUAGUCUGAAGUUCCUGAUCUCACGGAAUGUGGCUGCUUUUCAUGAAACUGUAGAGUAUUUGGUGCAUCAGGCGGAAAACCACACCCAUGCUGUCCUCCUGCAUACCUACCGUGAUCUGGCCAAUCACGCGGCACCCUAUGUUGGCGAGUUCUUCACGGACGUUGGUCUCUUCAUUUUGGGUUCCGAGCUCAGCCUAGAAGAAGCUUCGCAACGUUUUUUCAGUGCCCUCUUCCCCCUUGUUUACGAACAACUGGUCGAGCCAGGUCUCUCCCGCUUUGCUCCUGCAUACGCAGAAUGCGUCCGGGCGGCCUGUCGGGACCUGGCACCUUAUGGCGGGGCACCGGGUCGCCUUGCCGCACACAUCUCCCACGCCUCAUUGCCCGGCCGGGUGUUUCUGCAAGCUCUUCACUUGGGUGUAGAGGUCAUCAACACUACCGACCAUGUUCAGCUUAGUCGCGAGUGUAGACGUGGAUUGCUACGGAUGAAUUACUGCCCACACUGCCAGGGCCUGACCGCUAGCAAGCCCUGCAUGGGCUACUGCCUCAAUGUGGUCAGAGGGUGUCUUGCCAGCCUGGCCGAGGUCGAUUCCCAUUGGAGGGUGUUUGUGCGCUCGUUAGAAACCGUUUCCACGCGCAUGCAUGGAGCGCAGGACCUGGAGCACGUGCUUUUGGGAGUGCACGGGCUGGUCAGAGACGCAGUAGCGCAUGCACAGAGGAACGGACCUAGGCUUUCUGUGCAGGUACAUAAGGUGUGUGGUCACCCAAGCAGACAGCCGGAACAGGUCAGCGGCGUUCAACACGGCAACAGAGGCAGAGACUCGAUACCUCUUAAAGGGCCGGUCAGAAACACAGAAGACACCCUCAGCAACAGGAGGAAGGAGUUUAUAAACAGUUUGCGUCUGUACCGCACAUUCUACGGUGGCCUGGCGGAUCAGCUGUGUGUGAGUGAACUCGCCUCUGGAGACGGACUGGCCUGCUGGAACGGUGCUGACGUUGUCAAAAGCUACACGCUUCGAGUGGUUGGCAACGGGAUUAAAGCUCAGGCAGAAAACCCUGAAGUCAAAGUGAAAGAGGCUGAUCCUGUGAUCAAUCAAGUCAUUGAUAAAUUGAAGCACAUCAAUCAGCUGUUGCAGGGCAAGACGAUCCCAAAACUGGGCACCCUGGACCAAAUCGAGACAGGAAGUGGAGAUGGGUACAGCGGAGACUGUGAUGAUGAAGACGGAUGUUGGGGUUCAGGAAACGGAGCAGCCGAGCGAAGAAGAAUCAUCAAGAUAUUGACGCCGGAAAAUGCCGACAAUCACAGAUACCAUCACCCACAAACAAAGGACUUUGAUCGGACGGAUUCUGGCACAAAAGUAGUGCAAAAUCUCCCACUGACUCUCAUGUUGAUAUGUGUAUUUGCACUGUUGUCAUGGUAACAUUGAACAACUGGGGUAACCCAGUCUGAAGACUGCUUUUUCCCACUGUUUAUUGGAAAGCAAAGAAAUGUGCCAGCUUUUAAAAAGUGGAAUUUUGAAAUUCCAGUUUUUACCGAAUGAGAAGGUCCUCUUGACUUGAAGAUACUUGGAACGUAAAAAUGGAACAUAAAAAGGCAAAACUGGCAUUGAUGGCAUUGAGGACUAUGUUUAAAAGGAAAUUAACUGAGAGUGAAUCAAUUAGAGCAAAGCUCUCCUUUCAUAGACCCUUUUAAUUUACAAAGAGUUUCUAUAUUAAACGUAACAGGCUACUAAGAAAUACUGCAAACGUUUCACACUGCCUUGAAUAAUGUGCUUUCUACAGGGUUCAAAAUAACACUUUCAGAGAAAAAAAAAAAAAUGUAUUCUUUAAUGAUGUAUGAUGUAUUCAAAGAAUAGUUCUGAGCUGAAAUGAGCGUAGCACACAUGGAACGAUGCAAUAUUUCUGAUGCCACUUACUGCUUUUGGAAUACUUCUUGGUACCAUGUACCUAAAUUACCUUUUUUUCAACAUCUUGUUUUUAAAUGUACUGUUGUUUCUUUUCAUUUGAAAUCGCGUACAACGCACCUUAACAAAAUGCAUUAAGAUUUACAAUGUAUUUAUUCUUGGUUACAGAGUGACAUUAAACAGAUCUAAUAAAACUAAAU